AGUCAGACACUUGCCGUUUGAAAAUGACCAGGAUGUACAGCCGAUCUGGAUGGAUCCAUGAGCUUUGCACGGUGAAGAAGAUUAUGCAUCUUACAGGAAGACAAAAUAGAUGAUAUAUUGACACAAGUUAUCAAAUCAGCGGUGGAUUCAGUGGAUCGAAGGGAAAGUACAGUUGAUUUUCUCUAGCUGUGUUUGGAUAUUGCCAUGGAGGAAGGAGUAUCAUGGACUUUGUGACGGGUUCCAGGGUUCCCAGAGCGAAAUGCACAAUAGCUCAAGAGGUGCUAUGUUAUGUGAUCCCCUACCGUUUGCAGUGCUCCGUGGGAUGUGGUGGGCAGAACUGCAAGUAUGAGGAUCCUUCACACUGGAGUGAAGACGACCAGGCCAUCAGAGGAAUCUACUCGUCUUGGAUCACUGACAAUCUGCUUGCCAUGGCCCGCCAUUCUACCAAAAUCAUGGAAAGGUUUGAAGUAAUAGACCAGUUUUUGAGAUAUGGUUUGAGGAGCGUUAUUAACCUCCAGUGCCCUGGUGAACAUGCCAGCUGUGGAGACCCACUGGAUCCCCAGAGCGGCUUCACGUACCGACCGGAGACAUUCAUGGAGGCUGGCAUAUAUUUCUACAACUUUAGAUGGAAUGACUGUGGUGUGGCGUCUCUCACAUCCAUCUUGGAUAUGGUGAAAGUCAUGUGUUUUGCCCUCCAAGAAGGCAAGAUGGCUGUUCACUGUCACGCAGGGCUUGGCAGAACAGGUGUGUUGCUGGCCUGUUUCUUGUUGUUCACCACACAGAUGACAGCAGACCAAGCCAUUGUGUUAGUUCGAAGCAAACGACCUAACUCUAUCCAGACUAGAGGACAGCUCCAGUGUGUCAGGCGGUUUGCUCAGUUCCUGGUUCCGCUAAGGAAUGUGUUUGCUAACGCUGAGCCUAGAGCACCGCCUGUCACUCUUUCACAAUACUUGAUCCGCCAGAAACAUAUACUGCAUGGAUAUGAGGCUCGGAAGUUGAGAUACAUGCCAAAGCUUGUCCCCGUUAUUUGCAGACUCCUACUGGACAUCGCAGAGAAUCGCCAGGUUAUCGAGGAGGACAUUGUCGAGGUUCCUGAUGUAACACCCGUGGUAGAGAAAAAGUUUAAUGAAAAUUCAAUACAUCAGUUAAACAGAGAGAUAUUGGAAAAUGGGACGACUCUGAACAGUCCCCGUCUUCCAGGUCUACCCAGAGCCAACAGAGGCAACACACAACCUCUUUACUAUGUCCGUAAGAGCCUCAGCUACAGCGAGUCUGACCUCCAGAGGUUAGCAGCGUCUUUAAACCUCUCGGAUAACCCUCUCUGGGUUUUAGCCAGCAUCCACUCAACUACCAUCAACGAUCAGCUGGGAGCUGUCAAGUGUGUUUCCCAGAACUACGUCGCUCCUUCUCUGGGGGCUUGUAAGCACAAUCCCAUCUACAGCUCAACCAACAAUAUAUGGGAGCUGAAAACUCAUAUGGACCAGACAGAAGGAUCUCCACUGCUCAAAACCAGGAGACAGUCUGUCCUGCAGCGAAGCCAAUCUCUAGGCAUUUCAGAUGAGAAAAGCACCACAAGCAUUGCCCGAAUACUGUCCUACUGGAGGAAAGACUGCAAGCAAAGCACUGACCCUGACGAGGCUCAACACAUUGAGAAAGAGCAUUCGGAGGUGCCCUUCAUCACUGUCCAGUCCGAGCUGUCUCUGGAGUCACGUCGCCUCCUGGUGGCUCAGUCCCUUGCAGUAGACCUCGAGAAGGAUGGAGAGAAGGAGCAAAUUCAGAAGGUGUCUACUUGGCAGACCGAUCUUAAUCUUCAAGGUGCGUGGGAGCGACUGUGUUUGGAAAAAGACCCAUUUAUUCUGUCUGGAGUCAUGUGGUCCUGGCUGGAGCAGCUCAAAGAGCCAAUCAUCUCAGAUCAUGAUGUUCACACACUUACAGGGACCUGCCAGGACCCCCAAACUGUGCUCAAUUGCCUAGAUAGGGCUUCAAAAGAAACAGUGAUGUGUAUUCUGGACUGCUUUGCUCACGUAUUAACAAUACCCGAGGAAGUCGAGAGCACUUUCCUGGAGCGAGCCACCAAAGCCUUCACAAAGAUGAAAAACACAGAUGGUGGGAAGAGUGUCCACAAAAUAAUGAACGGGAUCUUGAAGAUUGUCCUGCAUGAUUUGAGGUCGGCAGCCAUGAACGAGUUUGAGGUCUAACACAUGUGACAUUAACUAGAUGAACAUCUUAAUUACGAAGAGAAUUUGUCUAUUUACAUCUUUGUCCAACAUCAAAGACAAGCUCUACAUCUGUUGCAGCAGUUUCUUUGGUUGUUUCUCAGGUCUUGGUUCUGAUGAGGAAUCCAACAUGUAAUUUAGCCCACAGAUAAACUAAUUAUAUUUGUAGAAAUUGGAAAUGCAUUUUGCAUGGUAAAUUAUUUGAUGUAAAAGAAAUACCAUGCACCGUAUAUUAUGUGCCAUAGUGCUAAUACUUGAAAAGCAUUGCAACUGAAAUUUUUGUACCAACUGUCUGUACAGUUAUUUGUAAUAAAAUAAUUAGAUUGCAGACAACUAAAAAGAAAAGAAUCUUUUGAGAUUAGCUUUAUUGCAAAGAGGAAAAGUUAGUCAUAUUAUAGUUAUAUAUUUUAUGCAAACAAUCCCACAAUUCCCUGUAACCUUUUUGAUAUCCAAAACCAUUUUUAAUUGUCUCAUUAUUCUAAGAGCAUCUCAUGCUAUACAUGGAUCUCGGUUGUGUUUAUCAAAAGCAUCGUAAGCUAAGUUGAUUGUAGAGACCAUUGGUGGCAAUGGAUCUACGAUCUACUCAGGGGCUUACGAUGUUUUUGGGAAAAGCAGCCCUAGUCAGUAAGUACAAAAGAUCUCAAUACAUCUGGUGGUUUUGAGGUCAGAAAUCAAAGGUAUAAGCCUUCAGAACAUCGUUCCCAUCCACAGACUCCACAGAGCCCACAAUAGUCGAAUAAUCACAGGCAACGUUGGUGAAUCCUCUGCAAAUACAUAUUUAUACAAAAUAGUCAAUUUACCUGUCAAAACAGGGUGCAUGUAAAAAUCAAAAAUCACCUGACAGUAUGGGAGAUGUGCUGUACCUGGAUCUUGUGAAGGAGCCUCCGAGCAAAUGAUAUUGGCUUUCAAGUGCAAGUCCAUGUUCUGGAUCGUUUCUCCAGGUCAGUAUUCUGAGGGACAGGUCACGAGAUGCUGUCACCACCCUAAAACUGUCCUGCAAGAUAGCACAAUUCAUUUUUAUGUCAAACUGUCCACAGGGAGAGUUUUUAUAUUGAUAGGUCAAACCGCUUACCACACAAAGAGCAGUGAUUGGCUGUAAAUGGUCUUCAAAACUAGCAACAAGUUCUCCUUUAAAUGUGUAGACCUUCAGAUGGUUUCCGUCUGUAACUAGAAGAGUGCUGCUUCCUCUCGCCUCCAGAAUGACGUCCGAACGAUGGCUUAGUGCCACCUGAAAAGAGGCGACUUGCUGAGCUAAAAUGGGAAUGCAUGACAUAUUGUAUCAGUAAUGAUUAUUGCAUUAUAAUAAUUUUAUUUGUAAUUUGUGUUCAAAAUAUAAAAAGAAAUAUGAAAGCAA